AUGGGCCUGCUGAGCGGCCUGCUCGGAGCCCGCAACCUGCUGCUGGUCAUCCUGGUCCCUCUGCUGCUGCUGCCUCUGCCCACCCUGCACCCCAGCAGUGAGGCCGCGUGUGCUUACGUGCUGAUCGUCACCGCCGUGUACUGGGUGUCCGAGGCCGUGCCUCUCGGAGCUGCAGCCCUGGUGCCCGCCUUCCUCUACCCGUUCUUCGGAGUCCUCCGGUCCAGCGAGGUGGCGGCUGAGUACUUCAAGAACACAACACUGCUGCUGGUGGGUGUCAUCUGCGUGGCAGCUGCCGUGGAGAAGUGGAAUCUGCACAAGCGCAUUGCUCUGCGCAUGGUCAUCAUGGCCGGGGCCAAGCCGGGCAUGCUGCUGCUCUGUUUCAUGUGCUGCACCACGCUGCUGUCCAUGUGGCUGUCCAACACCUCCACCACCGCCAUGGUGAUGCCCAUCGUGGAGGCCGUGCUGCAGGAGCUGGUGGGCGCUGAGGAGGAGCAGCUCGUGGCUGCGAGCGCCAGCACUGAGGAAACGGAGCCCAUCAGUCUGGAUGAAAACAACAGCCAACCUUCUCUGGAACUCAUCUUUGUCAAUGAAGAGACGUGUGGGCUCCUCACACCCACUCUCGAAAAGCCACUGGUCCUGACCCGCAGCCCCAGGAACCAGGAGCUGAGCAGGAAGUACAGAUCCCAGCAUGACCAAAUGAUCUGCAAGUGCCUGUCCUUGAGCAUCUCCUAUGCCGCGACCAUCGGGGGCCUCACAACCAUCAUUGGCACCUCCACCAGCCUCAUCUUCCUGGAACACUUCAACAACCAGUAUCCGGCCGCAGAGGUGGUCAACUUCGGCACCUGGUUCCUCUUCAGCUUCCCCAUCUCCCUCAUCAUGCUGGUGGUCAGCUGGUUCUGGAUGCAUUGGCUGUUCCUGGGCUGCAAUUUUAAAGAGACUUGCUCUCUGAGCAAGAAGAAGAAGACCAAAAGGGAAGAGUUGUCAGAGAAGAGGAUCCAAGAGGAGUAUGAAAAGCUGGGCGACAUCAGCUACCCUGAGAUGGUGACUGGGUUUUUCUUCAUCCUGAUGACGGUGCUGUGGUUCACGAGGGAACCUGGCUUUGUCCCGGGCUGGGAUUCCUUCUUUGAGAAGAAAGGCUACCGCACCGACGCCACGGUCUCUGUCUUCCUCGGCUUCCUGCUUUUCCUGAUUCCAGCCAAGAAGCCGUGCUUCGGAAAGAAGGAUGACGGAGAGCCUCGUGAGCCCUCACUGGGGACGGAGCCCAUCAUCACAUGGAAGGACUUCCAGAAGACCAUGCCCUGGGAGAUCGUCAUCCUGGUGGGAGGGGGCUACGCCCUGGCCUCAGGCAGCAAGAGCUCUGGCCUCUCCACGUGGAUUGGGCACCAGAUGCUGUCCCUGAGCAGCCUCCCUCCGUGGGCAGUCACCCUGCUGGCGUGCAUCUUGGUGUCUAUCAUCACCGAGUUUGUGAGCAACCCGGCCACCAUCACCAUCUUCCUGCCCAUCCUGUGCAGCCUGUCCGAAACGCUGCGCAUUAACCCGCUCUACACCCUGAUCCCCGUCACCAUGUGCAUCUCCUUUGCAGUGAUGUUGCCCGUGGGCAACCCCCCCAACGCCAUCGUCUUCAGCUACGGGCACUGCCAGAUCAAAGACAUGGUGAGUGGAAGACAUGGUGAGUGGCGGACGCUCACUUUCUUCUGGCCCAGCCCGCGCGAGCACAGGCGCGGUGCCCCAGCCUUCUCCUCAAGUCGGUUCUUUUCUAGCACUGCCUCUGGUUUGUCAGCACUCCGUCUAGUGUGGCAGAAGGAACAAACUGCAGCCUUGCCCAGCCAAGGAGCUGCCAGCACCCAGGAGAAUCUGAAUCAACAGGAGUGUAACCCCGAGCCAGGCCUGAGGCCUCCCUGGCAGAAGAUGCCGCCGUCUCCACCUUGA